AUGGACAAUCCAAAGGCUCAUAUUAAUCCAAUACCUCCUACUAAUCCAACACCUCCAACUAAGGCAGAAUCUCUUACUAAUCCAAAAUCUUCAAGUCAGGAGAAGCCUCUUGCCAAUCCAAAUGCUCAAUCUCAGACAAAGCCUCCUAAUAAUCCAAAGCCGAAGCCUCCUACUAAUCCAAAGCCAAAGCCUCCUACUAAGCAUAAUUUCCCUAAAAGUGUAUCGAUUGCAACACCCAAACCCACACCAAAUGCCAAAGAUAGUUUGUAUAAGCCAUGGGUUAAAGAUAGUUUCUCUGAUGAUGAUGAUUAUGCUAAUGAUGUUUGUGAGACUAAGACUGUUAAAAAAGACAUCAGAUUUAAGCAUGUCUCAGAUGGGUAUGUAGACCUAGGCUUUGUGGGAGGAAUAGAGGAUGAUGCAUAUAAUGCAUACGAUCCAGGGGCUGACUCAGAUGGGGCAAAUUCAUGA